UUGCAACGCGUUGGAAUUAAGUAAAAUGUUUAUACAUACAUCCGUACUUUUUGUGCUCUGUGUGUUUGAGGCGGAGGGUGGUAUGUCAGAUAUCUCUUCGCGAUUAUCGGAACUUGAAAACAUCGUGAAAUCCCAAAGUUCAAGGAUAAUUCAUUUGGAAGAAAACGUAGAAACUCUCCGACAAAAUAAUACACAACUCGGUGAGAUUAUUGAAGGCCAAAAGGAACAACUCAAAAGUUUGGAACGGCGUGGAGAUCAACAAAGAUCAGACCAGCAGGACAAUAUAGUUAAGGAGUUAACGAGAGAAAGUCGUCUUCUAAGCGCAAACCCUGGAGUAACUAUUGUAGCUUUCCAUGCUCGUCUGUCUAAGAAAGAAACGCCUGCGAAACAUCACACUAUUAUAUUUGACGUAAUUAACACAAACAGUGGGAAUGGAUACAACAAGUUCUCAGGAGUGUUUACGGCACCUGUUGACGGUAUUUACGUUUUUUCAUAUACUAUCGUCCCAGAAUGCAGCAGCUUUGGUGCAUUUGAACUUGUUUCUAAUAACCAAAUACAAGGCGUGGUUUUUCCUGAAGCUGCUAGUGGUUGUGACUAUACAGGAUCAUCUACAGUAUCCGUUGUUGAAUUGUCACAAGGGGAUGUCACAUUCGUACGAACUAGCCCAACAUACACACCAGUUGGAACCAUAGUAAGCAAUGGCAAUAUGUGGACAUCUUUUGCAGGUUGGAGGAUCGGAGACAGGAUGUAA